UAAAACCAAAGCAAAUGUCUCCAUAAACAACUUUGAACAAAACAAGUUCUACCAGUUCAAAGAUGGGUUCCGCUUCCAGCAGGCAAAGAAGAAACCACCGCCAAAACAACCACCUCCACCAUCGUCAAAACCCACAACACCCUUCUCUACCUUCCUCAUCCUCCACCACCGCCACCACCCCAAUUCACCAACAUCCCUCUUUCUCCAACACCAACAAUACUAAUAACCUCUACCCACAAAACAGUUCAAUACCUUCUAGUAAUAAUUCCUUAACAAGUACUGUACCACCACCACCAUCAUCACCGUUACCGCCACCGCCACCUCCACAUCCACCGAUACCACCUCUACAACAGCCACAAAGUUAUUUUUUUGCAGCGAAUGCACCAUACAGUACUCCUAUGAUUCCCACAAGUUCUGCUUACGGUUCUUAUAGUUGCCAUUACCCUCCUCCUCCUCCUCCUUUCAAUAAUAAUGGAUGGGGGUCAUAUCAUUAUCAUCAAGCUGGUUUCAUGGGACCACCACUGCAACCAUCAACACAGGUGAGACAUCAUAAUUCGGGACUGGUGCAGCCGCCGGGUUAUGUGGAUCAUAAUCAAGCGAAGACAAUCAAGAAUGCUGUGAAUGUGAAUAAGUCUAGUAUUAAAGUUUUUGCGGAUGAGAAUAAUUUGGAUUCUCACUUGGUUUCCUUCACUUUUGAUGCUGUUGUUGAUGGCAGCAUCACCAUAUUUUAUUUUGCAAAGGAAGGAGACAAUUGUACAUUUGUACCAGUUUACCCUGAAAUCUAUAUGCCAAGGAAAAUCCCCUUUGAGAAAGGAGUGGGCCAAAUAUUCUCACAGCCAUCAGGAACAGGCAUUGACCUUGGCUUUUUUGAAUUGGAUCAGCUAUCGAAGCCCUCGCCCAAGGGAGAUAUAUUUCCGCUUGUUAUCUUUGCUGAAGCAUCCUCACCUUCUCCCUCUACAUCUACGAGUCAAGAGCCUGACAAGCCUUUGCCAACAAUGUCUGCUCAUGCACAAAUAACUAAAGCUGUCUUGGUGAAAAACAACGAAGGCCAUUUUCAAGUAAAAGUAGCCAAACAAAUCUUAUGGAUCGAUGGGAUUCAUUAUGAGUUGCAAGAGAUCUUUGGCAUUGCCAAUUCUGAUAGUGCUGGCGUUGAUGAGGAGACUGCUUCUGGAAAAGAAUGCAUUAUUUGCAUGACUGAGCCAAAGGAUACUACUGUUUUACCUUGUCGACAUAUGUGCUUGUGCAGCGGAUGCGCAAAGGAGUUGAGGUCUCGAUCGGAUAGGUGUCCUAUAUGUCGCCAACCCAUACAGCAACUUAUGGAGAUCAUGGUUAAUAAUUCUCAUCCUGAAUAAAGAACCAGUAGACCAUCGGGUGAGGGUUGCCUGAAAAGUUUAUGAUGACUUGAAGCACUGAUCUGCGCUCAAGUCCUGCUUUAGCGUCUCUCUGUGGCUUGGGAUGACAAUUAUCUUUACACAUGAAAGGUUGAGGUAGUUUUUCUUCUUCUUUUUUCUGUAUAAACUGGGUGCAUUUUCUAAUAAAGAAAAGGGCAUCAUCUUGAUGUGUUUUUUUCU